AUAACCAAAACGAGACAAAAACCGGUCUAUGAUUUUCGAGCAUUUUCUUGUCAAGAUUGUGGACAGUAUUGUUGACAAUAAUAGCAUCGUGCUAACUUUGGCGUGUCCACACUACGGGUUGGGCUGUGCUGCACCGACUGUUGUGAAGAAGCGACGGCUCCAUCAUCAUGAAAAUCGACGAGAUCAAAUACAGUUCGGCCAAGGCGCAGCGAGUUGCCGCCCAUUCUCAUAUUAAGGGAUUGGGUCUGGAUGAGCAAGGCAAUGUGAUUCCUCAAGCAGCCGGUCUCGUUGGACAGAAAAAUGCUAGGGAAGCUUGUGGAAUCAUCGUGGAUCUUAUUAAGGCAAAGAAAAUGGCUGGACGCGCUGUUCUUCUCGCUGGCCCGCCCGGUACAGGAAAAACGGCUCUCGCGAUGGGUAUCUCACAGGAACUCGGUAACAAAGUGCCGUUUUGUCCAAUGGUUGCCUCGGAAGUGUACUCUAAUGAAGUGAAAAAGACAGAAGUUCUCAUGGAAAACUUCCGCCGAGCCAUUGGUCUUCGUAUCAAAGAGAACAAGGAGGUUUAUGAGGGCGAAGUAACUGAAAUGACACCAGCGGAGACCGAAAACCCUAUUGGCGGCUAUGGGAAGACUAUUUCGCAUGUCGUCGUUGGCCUGCGCACCGCUAAAGGAACCAAACAACUUAAACUCGAUCCAGCAAUUUAUGAAGCGUUACAAAAAGAAAAAGUCGAAGUUGGUGAUGUUAUUUAUAUCGAAGCAAAUUCGGGUGCCGUAAAAAGACAGGGCCGUAGUGAUGUAUACGCGACAGAAUUCGAUCUUGAGGCCGAGGAAUAUGUGCCGUUGCCUAAGGGUGACGUGCACAAGAAAAAAGAAGUUAUCCAGGACGUAACGCUGCAUGACCUGGACGUGGCUAAUGCCCGACCACAAGGUGGUCAAGAUAUCUUGUCGAUGAUGGGACAACUGUUGAAGCCACGAAAGACGGAAAUUACUGACAAGUUACGCAAAGAAAUCAACAAAAGCGUCAAUAAAUAUUUAGAUCAGGGUGUUGCUGAGCUCGUACCAGGUGUACUUUUUAUCGACGAAGUUCAUAUGCUCGAUAUUGAAUGUUUCACGUUUCUUCAUCGCGCGCUCGAGUCGCUUAUUUCACCCAUAGUCGUACUCGCUACAAACCGAGGGCGAUGCAUCGUUCAAGGUACGGACUUGUUAGCGCCACACGGCAUCCCCCUCGAUUUGAUGGAUCGUCUGCUUUGCGUAAGACUGAUACCUUACAAUCAAGAAGAAAUUAGUCUCAUCCUUAAAUUGCGUUCGACAACCGAGCAGCUUUCGGUCGAGGACGAGGCUUUGAACGAAUUGGCAGAGAUUGGCAAGCGAGCUACUCUUCGUUACGCCAUCCAACUGAUGAAUCCAGCUGCACUUCUAGCUAAAGUCAACGGACGAACGGACAUAAAGAAAGCUGACGUCCUCGAAUGUGACCAACUAUUCAAAGACUCAAAAAGUUCGGCAAAACUGCUGCAAGAAGACGGUGGAAAAUUUCUUAAAUAAUUAGUUAGCGUCUCACGUGAUAGUAAUAACAUUCAGGCAGUUACGUGCACGUAUUUGCCAGCUUAGUAAUUGAACGCUGACAACAACUGCACAAAGAAUAACACGUGAAGACAAGCAGAACCGAUCAUGGGUAGAAAUCCUUCGACAUGUCUUGGACAGAACAUAUUAUGCUAAAAGUUUACAAACAGAGACCCAUUGAUUCAUUGCGAGUAUGUACAUUGCACCAGCAUAGUUACUGACUUAGGCGGAGGGACAAGGGAUGUAGUGUGAGUUAUGCCUAAUUGCGUCGACUGAGAAAAAAUCGAGGCAGACAGGUUGAAACUGAACAAGGGUACGUGAAACAAGCUAUGUAUAGUAAUGAAUUUGUUAUUCUGUACUACUGACAUCAUUAUUUUUUCAAUAAAUUCGUUAUCAUUAUGCGUAAUAACGACA